AUGAGGGCGCGGCCGCAGGUUUGCGAGGCGCUGCUCUUCGCCCUGGCGCUCCAGACUGGCGUGUGCUAUGGCAUCAAGUGGCUGGCGCUGUCCAAGACGCCAGCAGCCCUGGCGCUGAACCAGACACAGCACUGCAAGCAGCUGGAGGGCCUGGUGUCCGCGCAGGUCCAGCUGUGCCGCAGUAACCUGGAGCUCAUGCACACCAUCGUGCACGCUGCCCGCGAGGUCAUGAAGGCCUGCCGCAGGGCCUUCGCGGACAUGCGCUGGAACUGUUCUUCCAUCGAGCUGGCCCCCAACUACCUGCUUGACCUGGAGAGAGGGACCCGGGAGUCCGCCUUCGUGUAUGCGCUGUCGGCAGCCGCCAUCAGCCACGCCAUCGCCCGGGCCUGUACCUCCGGCGACCUGCCCGGCUGCUCCUGCGGCCCCGUCCCAGGUGAGCCACCCGGGCCCGGGAACCGCUGGGGAGGAUGUGCGGACAACCUCAGCUACGGGCUCCUCAUGGGGGCCAAGUUUUCCGAUGCUCCUAUGAAGGUGAAAAAAACAGGAUCCCAAGCCAAUAAACUGAUGCGUCUACACAACAGUGAAGUGGGGAGACAGGCUUUGCGCGCCUCUCUGGAAGUGAAGUGUAAGUGCCACGGGGUAUCUGGCUCCUGCUCCAUCCGCACCUGCUGGAAGGGGCUGCAGGAGCUUCGGGAUGUGGCCACUGACCUGAAGACCCGCUACCUGUCAGCCACCAAGGUCGUACACCGACCCAUGGGCACCCGCAAGCACUUGGUGCCCAAGGACUUGGACAUUCGGCCUGUGAAGGACUCGGAGCUUGUCUAUCUGCAGAGCUCACCUGACUUCUGCAUGAAGAACGAGAAGGUGGGCUCCCACGGGACGCAAGACAGGCAGUGCAACAAGACAUCCCACGGCAGUGACAGCUGUGACCUCAUGUGCUGUGGACGCGGCUACAACCCCUACACAGACCGCGUGGUCGAGCGGUGCCACUGCAAGUACCACUGGUGCUGCUACGUCACCUGCCGCAGGUGUGAGCGCACCGUGGAGCGCUACGUCUGCAAGUGAGGUCUGCUCUGCCCCCAUGGGAGCUCCUGGGGACCCUCAGAGGCCCACUAAGGCCCGCCAAGGGACCUGGAGACACCCCGUGGAUUUUUUGCUUGUGAAUUCCAGAUGCCAGGCAUUGGAGGCUGUUUGUGCUUCCACUUGGGAGCCACCAGGAACAGAAGGAGGGCCGGGACAUCAAAGGAAACUAACAAGAUUAAAAAUAACCUGGCAGCCUGCGGCCCGGGAGUGCCCUCUUGCUGCCUUCCAGGCUGGUCUAAGAAACCAGGGCCAUGGGUUUGGCAAGACUGGUAUGGACUUGACCUUUCACAGCCAGAUCACCAGCCUCCCGGGAAGGAAGGGGGGGUCUGUCUGCCCUCAUCAGAGUGUUCUGCAGGCCCAGCCCUCGAGACCCCCAGUCCCUGGGGUCGAGCCUGCUGGGCCCACCACAUGGAACCACUAGCUCGGGUUGUAAAUGUUUUUUGGUUUUGUUUUCUUUCUUCCUCUGGGAUGUGGGAGCUACAGAAAUAUUUA